AUCUGCUGACAGCAGGUCUGUAUGGCGAUUCGUGACGAACCAGUUGAAUGAUGCCGUCUUCCCCUCUUGCCACCCCUUUAGGAGCUUAUCCCGUGUGGCCCAACUGCAGCGCUCUGCCCAGUGCCAACUUCUGCAGCGCAGGGCUGGGAGGAAGUCUGAACCCGGCGGCAGCAGGGAGCCAGUUGCGUGGCAGUGUUCCUCCUCAGCUGGGGGCAGGGAUGUGCCCCCCAGCAGGUGGCAUGGCUCGCAGAGCACCAGGAGCAGCCGCCGUGUGUGCUGCUGCCAACGCCAUCCAGAGCUGGCCACCCGGUUAUCCCAGUGUGAACCAAGGGGGAAUGCUGGGCACUGGACCUCCUUAUGGACAGGAAACUAACAGCAUGGCUGGUGUGAUCAACUGCCAGGGCCCACCUUUUCCCGUGGGUGGGAUUAUGGCUCACGGCUCUGCAGGGGUGGCAGCAAGUCCUGAAGUGACGGUUCGGGCGGAUGUCAAAUUAACUCCUGCAACUAAAAGGAGAAAGAAGGAAGAAGAGACCCAAAAAGCAGAACUCCAGUCAAAG